AUUGGCAGCUUCACAGCUCAUGGUCUUUUGAUAUUGCUAUCGACACUCAGCUCAAUAGUUGCAUGCACGCUGUCAGCAUAUCUGAUCUACCAACAUCUCAUCAACUACACGCAACCGAAAGUGCAGAAGCUUAUCAUUCGCAUCUUGUUCAUGGUACCGAUGUACUCGAUAUUCUGUACCCUAAGUAUUCCAUGGUAUAAACAAAGUGUAUACUUCGGCGCAGUCUACGAAUUCUAUGAGUCCCUGGUUAUUGCCAGCUUUUUUUUGCUCCUCUGUCGGUAUUUGAAUCCAGAUCUUAACGUAGUCCGGACCACUUUCGGCUUACUCGAGCCACAACCAUGGCUACAACCUGUCCGAUUCAUCCGCAAGGUGGUGUUCCGUAAGAAAGUCGAAAACACUAGGGAUGGCUCACUCUGGUUCAGCAUUAUUUGGCUCUGUGUACUACAAUUCUGCGUAGUAAAGUUUCUCGGUGCUCUCACGAAGAUUAUUACAGAGGCCUCAAGUGUGUACUGCAAAGAAUCGUAUGAUCCUGGCUAUGCAAGAAUCUGGGUUUUCGUCAUCGAAAUCAUCUCUCUUGUAACAGCCAUGUUUUGCCUUCUCCAAUUUUACAAGCAGACUAAGCUCGAGCUUGCACCACACCGCCCGUUACUGAAGUUCAUCGCAAUUAAAUUAGUAGUGUUCCUUUUCUACGUACAGGGUUUUGUCUUCGGUCAAUUGACGAAGAACGGAGGAUCCAUGUUCCCUACAGAUGCCAUAUCGUAUCCUUCCCUAGCAGUGGGUAUUCCUAAUACAGUGUUGUGCUUUGAAAUGGCAGCUGUGUCUGUCUUGCACCUCUACGCUUAUCCGUACAGAGGGUUC